CUUCCGGCCCCGCCCCUCCCGGCUGCUAUGACAACGAGUCCGCGCCCCGCGCACCGCUGCUGCUCGGGCGGGACCCAGGCUGGACCGCGGGCCCCGGCCUGGGGGCCACAGCCGUCACCGCCGCCGCCACCUCGUCUCCUCCCCGUUCCCGCCCCGCCCUGCGUCUCCUCGCCUCCCUCGGGUCCGCGGCCGGGGUCUGUCCCCGCCGCCCCAACCCCGCCCGGAUGCCGAAGGUGAAGGCGCUGCAAUGCGCCCUGGCGCUGGAGAUCCGCUCUGUCUUCACUGCUGUAUGAGCCUUUCUCUAGUUGUGGCGAGCGGGAGCGUCUCUCUAGUUUGGGUAACUUGCCCAGGAGUGGUGCUGAAAGACAAGGAGGACAUCUAUCUUAGCAUCUGUGUGUUUGGCCAAUACAAAAAGACACAAUGUGUCCCAGCCAAUUUUCCAUUGGUCUUCAAUGCCAGAAUGGUGUUUGAAAAGGUGUUCCCUGAAGCAGUGGACCCUGGAGAUGUGGUUGCACAGCUUGAAUAUGAUACAGCAUUGUUUGAGUUGAUUCAGCUAGUUCCACCAGUGGGUGAAACAUUGUCUACAUAUGAUGAGAAUACACGAGAUUUCAUGUUCCCGGGUCCAAAUCAAAUUUCUGGACACCAUGAUUCAAACCGCCAGGUUACCAUGAGGAGGAUUUCUGGCCUUCGAGGAAUUGCUCCAAAGCUGGAAUUUUCUACAACCUCAGUGAUUACUGAAUGUCUGAUAAGUUCAAGGAAGUGCCGCACUCAGGAUAAAUUUGUUUACCAUACGGCUCCAGUUGAAAAACCACACGGCAGACUGCAAAACAGAACAUCGAGGUCACAAAAGAAAAAAUCCAAGUCACCUGAGAGAAAUAAGUAUUGCAUAAAUGCAAAAAACUACGAACAGCCUACAAUUUCUUCAAAAUCACACUCUCCAUCUCCUUACACAAAAAGACGCAUGUGUGAGCUAUCAGAAGACACCAGGCGGCGGCUGGCCCAUUUAAAUCUCGGCCCUUAUGAAUUCAAAAAAGAAACAGAUAAACCUCCGUUUGUGAUUAGACAUGUCGAUCCCCCAAGUCCCAGGGCCGAUGCUUUAUUUGGAUCUCCUGGCAGAGACUGUGAAAGAGAUGGAUGGUCCAGGCUGCACAAUGAUCAUUCUCAUCUUGGCUGCUGUCGACCCAAGGAUUAUAAGCAGGUCAUCAGAACACCUCAUGGGAGAGACUUCGAUGAUUCUUUGGAAAGGUGCGAAGACUAUUUGAGUUCAAGGUCAUGCAGCAAGCCCCAGCAUUCAGCCAGGACCUUACUUGUUCAUUCAGCACCCUCUACCAUGCCGAAGCAUUCUCCAAGCCCUGUGUUAAAUCGAGCUUCUCUCAGGGAAAGGUUCCAUUCUGAUUGGUGUUCACCUUCCAACUGUGAUGAGAUCCAUGACCGGGUAAAGAAUGUCUUGAAAUCACAUCAGGCUCAUCAAAGACAUUUAUAUGAUGAGCGAGACCCAGAGAAAGAAGAGGAACUGGAACUGAAAAGAGGUCUUUUAUAUAGAGACUCUGCCUAUGACAGCGACCCAGAGUAUAGCUCAUUUCAACGGCCACGUGGCACUCUCCAUUUGGAUGAUGGUGAAUACUGGUCCAACAGGGCAGCCUCUUAUAAAGGAAAAUCCCACCGACCCAUCUUUGAGAACAGCAUGGACAAGAUAUACAGGAACUUAUACAAAAAGGCCUGUAGUUCUGUUUCUCAUACACAGGAAAGCUUCUGAGAUCAGCCGCGAUGAACUGUAUGAGUGUCCUUGUCAACUUCUCAAUGAAAACGUUUGAUGUAAUCAA